AUGAGUGCUUGUGGUAAUCUUGUGGUUCACGACGGAAGGUACAAGUUUAAAGGAAGUAAGGACUACGUAUCAAACUUUACCAUUCGUUUUCUGUAUCCAGUGGAGGUCGGUAACAAUGGAAGCGGUUACGUUGGGGUGGCUACUCACAAAGAUGGUAUCGAAAAGUAAGUACAAGUAAUCUCUAUUAUAUACUGAGUUUAAUAAAAUUAAUCGAAAGUUCAUGCAUGUUCUGAUAUGUUUAAUGAAUGUUGUUAUUCUAUCCAUGUAAUUUGGACAGUAUUGUCAAAUGCGUGUCUGAACGAUCAUCAGCCAAUACGCAGCAUAUAACACCAAAACAGAAAGGGUAAAGUGAUAAAAACAACCGUACAGUGUCUACAUGCUGCGUUAAAUACCAUACAAAUCCUGUGCUUGAAUUAUCUAUAUAACAGGCGUAAAGAUGAAAGGGACAAAAUUAUUAUAAAGAUUACAAAACAAGGCCCGCUGACUGGUUGUUUAAGGCCCCAGUUACACGAUACCAGUCUCGUAUCGGAGCGACAUCAAUUUAAGGUGUUUUCCAGUCAUGUCUGCUCUUACAACUUUUCAUAUAUGCCGUUUUUGUUUAAUUAAUAUGGUACAUUAUCAUAAUUUUAAGUGCCAAAUUCACCUCGAAGCAGUAUAAUUUGAUGUCGCUCCGAUGCGAAUCAGGUAUCCUGUGAAUGGGGCCUAAAUGUUUUAUUUUAAACCUAUAAUGCUAUAUCGAGAAAAUUAACAUUGCCUAAAUAUGAAAGUCUUUAAUAACGAUAUUUAAUAACAUGAAUGAACUUUUAUUGACUUAUUACGAAUUCCAUACAGCUUGGAAGCUCCCAUUGCCAUUGGUAAAUUGCUGAAAUUUCUCGUUACAAUAAAUAAAUGUAGAAUAAACUCAAUUUAUAGUCGCUUGUAUUUUCUCGCUAAAUAUUUGUUUUCCUUACAUUCAGACGAUUCUUCUGCCGCAUAACCUCAUUUACGAAGUUAAGCGAAUUCACAAAAGAGUUGAACUACAAUUCUCCAGCUCUAAAAAAUUAUAUGAUCGAACUGACUAACUCGCGCCUCAACAAACUUUUGACCGAAUUAUCCGACCGAGUAACUGGCACGGAUGAGAGUGAGAUCCCUCAGGCAGUACGGAUAAUUGGCAAAAAUUAUAACCGAGCAGAAGUUCCAAUCUGGGUUUUGAACGAAGAUGUGGCGAUUGAUGCUGAAGGGCAGCUAGUAGACCCAAAGGACUUUCGACUGGUGUGGUUAGGCCAGCUAACAAACGGAGACGGAGUGCACGUGGCCAAACACGAACAUGCUUGUAAUAUUAAAUUGCCUCUUGGAUUUGAAUCGUUUGAUAUCAUGUGCCACUUUCUCAAUGGGUCACUAGGAACAUAUAUUUCUGGUAAUCAGGAUAUAAGAGACGCAGUGAAUACAAUGCUGCCAACAUCACUUCAAUAUACUGCCCGUAACUAUGAAGAGGAGGUAUAUAUACAUAUUAAAUUUAAAUAAUUUUGUUCAACCGUAAAGGCCAUGUUACAUCUUGCAACUUGCAAUGCAAUUCUAAUCUUGAGAGAUGUUAAUUAGUAAAACCAGUGAAGAAUUUUCGAUAUGUUGAGAAAACAUCAGUGGAGUGUAAUGAAGAUUCGUAUUUGGCAAUUUUAUAUCUCUCAGGAGUAGAGAAUGUCUUGCAUGCAUGGUUAUGCACGCGACUGACACCCCGUUUCAGCUUCAACGCAAAGUACUGUCCCGGCAUGCGAAAUCAUGCAAAUACAAUAAUUUGAUAUGGUUCUAUUCGCAUUAAAAAGCAUUUAAGGCAACAUUAGCUAUAUAUUUUCUCGGUUCUUUAAAUUGUUGCCAUCAAUCACGCAGUGCAUUCAUAUAGGCCGUUUCAAAUCACCGACAACACAGAAUGGACUACAAUGUCAAUGACACCAUGGAUUGUAAAAUAACUAUUCUAUUUUAUUAUCCAUGAUGACACCCAUCAAACAUUUCAAACUCUUCAUACUUCAGUGAUUUAAAUUAAUUUGAUUAAUUAAAGAAGUAUUUCAAUUGUUAUUGUAAAGACAAAUCUUCGCAACUUCGUACCUAAACUGUGAUAAUAUUCAUAGUGUAGACAGCAAUUUAUCAGUUUUUCGCAGUCCGUCUGCAUGUCAGUUCACAAAUGUACAUAUUAUUUAGAAUGCUGAUGGGACCAUAAUUACAGAAUCUGGAGAAAAUAGCCGCAGCAAUUUUCUAUCCCAGUUUUUUAUAAUAUCCUCUGCAGCAAUUGUGUCCAACUUUGCAGAGGUAGGUGAAUGUGUAAUUUAAAAUGGGGACUACGAUCAUUUUACGGAUAAGUUUCAACUGUAUAGUUGCAACUUUAUUUGCAUUUACUUCAUAUUUCCUCUACUAUAGCCGCUUCUCUAGACAAACCUUUAACAUUUUAAAACAACGCUGUCUUACUAUUUAAUUGUAAUGCUUAGGUCUAUAUUCACAAAUCUCUCAUGCACUAUUUCCUUAUAGAUAUUGUAGUAAUAGUUUUAUCAGGUGAAGAGCCAUUGUAACAUGAGCGAGUUUUCAUAAGCAAAUUAAUUUGGCAGCAUUGACAAUGUUCAAAUUUAAUAAUUAUUGUUGCUCCUGGAACUUUCACGUUUCAUAAUUUAGGAAGGUAGAUUAUAAUUUAUACUGAAAAGAUCAGUCUUAAAAUUUUUUCACCAGCUAUAUAGUGCAGGUAUAGUGCCUAGGCAAUUCGUCGGGAAUUCAGUAUAUAGCAAACUAACUUCCAGACGAAGAUCCUUCCCUCCAAACGUCGGAUUUCUCGUUGAAUUUUUCAGGUGGUUGCAUUCCCACCGAGUAAAAAUUAUUUCAUAUUGUAGUUUCAUCAACUCUUAGACAGUAAAAACUGACCUACAAAACAACUUCUAUUUUUAGUGGCAGAAACUGAUUGGCUUUUGUCCACUUGUCAUUGCUAUUGGGAGUCCAGGCUGUGGAAAAACAAAAGCAGGGAAUGUUGCAAUCGCAUGUACAGGAUCAUACCCAACUCAAUUUUACAACCUGUUCACUGAUGCCUAUAAUGGACAAGUGGCCAGUAUGACGUCAAUGGGUUUUCAAGCGGACGAUCCGACCGACCCAGCAGAAGUUGGAAAGGCUGCGAAAAGAUUCUUUUCGGACGGUUCAAGUGGAAAUUGCUUUGGACAAAAAACUCCAAAGUGCAGUCCAAUUUUCACUGUGAAUAAACAUGUGAUAAAAUGGUUGCUGCACCCUGAACGACAGAGGUAG